AUGCCGACCAUGGAGCAGAGAAGACAAAAACUGAUGAGAGAAGACAAUUCGCUUUUCGCUGGCAUCACAACCAACAAGAUAUCGCCACCAUCCACGCCCUGCAAGCCAGCGCCGCUGACUCCCCCAUCCUCACACCCUCGACCGAGCUCGUCGAAGUUGACCACUGAGAGUCGCGAUCGUGAUGAUGAUCAGGCCCAGGGCCGCGCUCGGGCACUUUCCGAGUCCCAUCACAACCCAGGCGACCAAGGCGCACGUGCUACCAAUAAAGAACCAGAACCAGCACCUCAACCAGAGUCUGAAUCCUCUUCCUUUGGCUUCCCAACCAAUGAGAAUAUGCCUCUGGCGUCGACCAAGGGGUGGACGUUGGAUCUUCUGAUCGCACGGGCCCCACGCACCUUCCGCCAUGCCGAUAGAGUGUCAGCCGCCCUGCCAGCCGCCGAGCUUGCGAGGAGGAUCGAGGAGUAUGAAGAAAGUGGGAGACCGUUGGUCAUCGAAGGGUUCCACGAGUUGUCUAGUUGGCCGAAGAAGAAGUUCACUCUGGAGGGCUUCGUCAAAGAUGCUGUGGAAGAUACCAUCAAUGCACGUAAUGUGCGUACUUGGACCGAUGCGGAGUUGAAGCUGUCAGACUUUAUUGAGAAAUCGAGGGCUAUGCCCCAGUAUGCUCAGGAAGGUGAGACGGAAAGAUGGUAUGGAAAAGACAUGGAUUGUCCACCAUCAUGGGAGGAUUGGUUGAUAAAAGGGAACGCUGUCCCUGCUUCGCUACACCCGAAUGGACCACAGGACAAGUUUCGGUAUCGACCCAAAUCGGCAGAGGUGCAGACACUUAUGUGCUAUCUAGGGAUAGGCGACACAUUCACACCUUGCCACAAAGAUCUAUGCGCAUCCUCAGGACACAACCUCAUGUGCUACACAGAGAAAAACGGCUCCUCCUUCUGGUUUAUGACAGAAAGCUCCGUCGCUCCCAAGGCAUCUCAAUAUUUCCAAAAAUUGAGACAUGAACUCGACCAUGAAAACCAUAUUAUCACCCUGGAAGAGCUCGCCAAUGCCCCUUUCGACGUUUACAUCCUCGAACAGAAACUUGGAGACUUGGUCCUAGUCCCACCACGAAGUUGUCAUCAAGUUGUAAACGCCGGAGGGAUCACUAUCAAAACUUCUUGGUCUCGUAUGACUUCAAAGGGUCUCAAAACCGCCUAUUUUCAAGAACUUCCCAUCUAUCGCCGUGUUUGUCGACCCGAAACGUACAAAGUCAAAAGCACUAUUUUCUACAGCAUCAUACGUGAAGCCGAAGAACUAGCAAAAUUAAUGGAGGAUGCGCACGAUACUUCAUCUGCAGUGGCAACUACUUCCAAGUCCAAGAAGAACAGUCAAAAAUCAAACAUUUCUAAGCCCUCCACUCCCGAAUCAUCUGCAAGUGUGCUCGCCAAUGAUCUCAUGGAGCUGAUCUCCGUCGCCGACUGCAUCCUGGCGGAAGAAUACGACUCCAUCAACAAGAUCAUGCCCCAGAUGUUUUCCGGCAACCGGUUCGAGAAAGAGCCCACGGUGAUCUGCGAUUUCUGUAGAUGCGAUAUCUUCCAAAGUUUCUUCGAGUGCCGGAAUUGCGUGGAUGGUGGGAUCUCGAGCGGCGAGAGGAUGCAUAUAUGCGCUGGAUGUUAUGUCGAGGGAAGGUCAUGUGAUUGCUCGAACAUGCAGCCCAUUCAGUACGGCAACUUUCAAGAUCUUGUAGAUGCGAGGGAGAUGGCUGUAUCCAAAGUUUCUCAAUACGAGAAACUACAAGGUAGAAGUUAUAGUCCAAAGCUCAGCAAAUGCUUUGCGCAUCUUCUCGAGAAUUCCAAAAUGCAUGCUGUUGAGGCCCUUCUCCUGCAUACAGGCGACAAGACGCCCAAGCACGAAAAAUAUCACUCACACCAUCUAUCGAAAUCAGCAAAGUAUUACGAAAACCUUCCAGCUUUGGAGGAGAGCCAACGAGAGGGGACUAGACACCCAGGAUUUUCGUGGCUGGUGUACAAUGCGUUGUCGUAUAGCCAUUGUACGCCUUUGAAUUUGAAGUAUGUAAGAUUUGGCUGGUACGAUAAUCAGCUGUUCGAGGAAGAGUCCGAACAUGAACUUGCCAGCACCAUCGCCAGCACAGAUGUAGCACCCUCACCGUCUUCUGAAGAAACACCUUCAGUUCGCCCUACCAGUCUUCAAACUUCUCCAAAGGUUACGAUAAUCUUGAAACCCAGUUCAUCGUCUGCGAAACCCAAAUUCCAUAUAGCAUCCACGUCUCUCGAAGCAUCCCAGCCUCAGGACAAAGCCGCCAUACCUCAGACGCCGAAACCUACUCUAUCUCAACCUGUCAGAUCUCCCUCAGCCGACAGUGCAGACAUUGAAAUGGUCGAUUCAUUCAUUCGACCUGUCUCUGUAGAUUAUGUUUCGUCGGAUGAUGAACCUCUCAUCAAACUCUUGGAACCUGCCAAAAAGAAGCAGAAACUAAUGAUGAUUAUUCCUCCUUCACCGAAGAGAAUAGCGAGCGGCGGUGGUCGUGCACCUGGUGUUCGAAGGCCUCGACCUGUCGUGCAGUCGACUCGGGACAAAGAUGACAUCACUAGACGACUUCCACGGAUGGGACAAGUUUAUGUCCUUGUUCCUCCAGCACCGUAUUCUCUCGAACGCAGACCUCCACCUCCACCUCCACCUGUAACAAGUCCUCGACCACCUUCGCCUGCACUCAGCAUUCGGUCCGAAUCGCCUCUUACCAGCCUUCGGUCUGAAUCGCCUCUUACCAGCCUUCGAUCUGACUCUCCUCUUUCUGAAUUGUCUCGUCGGUCCGAAUCUCCUCCACUACUUUCUAGCCGUUCGACAUCUCGAAAGAUCGUGGAAUCUGAGCCCUCCGAAGACGAGAUUGAGGACACGGGUGACGAAGCGAUGCAGCCUGGACCUUCUACCCUACCGAAAUUGGAUAAAUGCAAUAAGCCCACCGCUCCUUAUGUUGGUCGCAAACCUUUGAUCAUGACAGAAGAAAAAACGCGAUCAGGGCCGUCUAUAUCUUCGGUUUUACAAGCAAGAAAUACUCAACAUCUUUCAACCUCUUUUGCCUCAAAGGACAAGGGCAAGGGUAAGAUGCCUGAGCGAAGGAAUAACUUUGUGACACCAAAGCUGGCCAAUCGUCCUGCACCUUCCAAAGUACCGCCGAUCCCUAGAAAAACAAACACUGCUUCAUCUUCCGCACCUGCAACAAAAGAUGUAAUUUCUUCCACAAGAGUAGCUCUGCACAUGACAGGAGAGGUUACUCGCCCAAGGCCGCCUGCAUCGUUGAUACUGAAAAGGAAAAGCAGUAAAGGCGAUAUCUCUGCUUCAGUUCCGGAAUAUUCGCAUAAAGUGGGUUCCGGAGGGAAAUCUUCCACUGGUGCACGUGCCGGACCAUUGUCUAAAACCACGAAACGCCAGAAAACCAGUCAUUUAUCUAAUGUGCGGCAACCGGAAGAGGGUAUCGGUGCUACUAGGGAGCGAAGUCCUAUGCCGUCGUCGCCAUCCAUUGUCGUGACGCUCCCACAAAGACCAACUGCACUACCCUCUCGCGUAUUGUCACCAUCGCCGUCUACAUCACGACGCAAGUCAGUAAAGUCGCUGAAAUCCACACCGACGGCUAAAAAGGAUUUGGCUCCACCGUCAACGAUGCCCGCCAAAAGUAUCAAAUCUAUUCCUUCGACCACGUCGUCGAGACCGACAAAGCCUUUACCGGUGAAAAGAGAAUCGGCACCGUCAGUUGCAUUAGACGCUGCUGCUGGAUCUUCAAAUGCCAAACUUCGCGGACAGACGUUUACAGCGAGGUCUGGACUUGUGGGUCGAGUUGGGAAGGGUCGCUCCGAAUCUCAAACAACGGAUUUCGAUAAAGAAAGAGAAGGCCGAUCUACGAAUGUCGCACACCAAGUACCUUCAGCUUCGUCGUCCAAGCUGAAUACCUCUGGUUCAAGCAAACUGGGAAGCAAGAAACGCCCGCGAACGCGAGCGUCAGAACCGGGUGCGACUUCUGUAGCUGAACAGCCCGGCUCUUCCAAGUUCCUUUCCGUCGAGCAAUCUCAGGACAAAUCGUCGACGAAUAUCGAUACGACACAAAAGCCCGCGCUAAAUAAGUUGCGGUUUAAGAAGACCCCUGCCCCUACUGAGUCGUCAGCCGAGCAGCAGGACAACGAGAGGCUGCAGAAGGAGGAUGUUGCUGCUCGGCCUGCGGAGAGGGGGCAUCAUCAUUUUUUAGAAGUAGACGCCGAUGUUGACUGCACAUCGGCGUCGAAUUUGGUGCAGUCUAAUAGUGAGGUGCCGCCGUCGUAUAAUAAUACAGACGUUGCGCCUUCGAUACCAACUCCAAUAACAUUAUUACCGCCACCGCUUCCACCCCCACUUCCCCUUGAACCUUCAUCAGUUGCGCCACCACCAGCGCCGUCGCCGCCGCCGCCGCAGCAGCAGCAGCAGCGUCUCGAAGCCUCAUCACAGACACCACAACUACCGAUGCUAACAGAAACUAGCCAUCAGGCAUCGUUAUCAUGUAACCCUAUCAAACCGUCUUGGGAACAAAUGAUGCAAGACGCUACUCAACAAGGAUCACCUGGUCCAUCAAGUCAAUUGAUACCUUGUUCAGUGCAGCCGCAGCCUUCCAUCGCCACUGCUCCGACAGGAUACGUCAAUAAUCAGCAUUUAGCGUUUGCGCCAUAUGCGCCAUAUGCGAUUGGAGUCCAGCCGCAGGUGCAUGGAUAUGAUCAUGGAUAUGGGCAUAGGGGUCCUCCUCGCGGACCGCGCAGUUUCUAUAGGGGUAGUUAUUCGCACAGACAUCAGGACGAGCUGAGUGGCGACAGAAGAUAUGGCAAUUCUGAUUAUACGUACCCCCGCCACUACGACCGCGAAGAUCGCCGUUAUAAUGACUGCUACCAGAGAGCUUCGCGCUUCGAUUUUAACUCGAGGGAUAGGAGAGGAGGGUUCGAUUUCGAUUCGAGGGAUAGGAGAGGAGAGUAUCAGAGGUUUCCGCCGAGGGACAGACGCCAUGAUAAUCAAGGCCGAGCUGGCCAUAGGAGUACUCAUCACCGCUCUUCUUUCCCCUCCUCUUCGUCGGAUAGAAAUUACGGAUAUGAGCGGGGUUCAAGGAGAAGGUCUGAGUACACGUCGUACGGCGGUGAUCGAGAUAUGGACGUGGAUAGUGGAAGGCAUUACAGCCCAGAACGUGGCGGACAUGAUCGUGAGCCUCGAGGCGGAGGGCACAAUCUGUCGGCUUCCCCGCCCAUGGAGGUCGAUGGUGUUGUUGACGGUGAUGAUAGCUCGAAUCGCAAUCGACAGCGUGAUUCGUCAGUGCAUCCACCCCAUGUGCGUGAUGUUGGUGCUUACGGUGGAGGUGGUGACUUUGACGAUCGGGUGGACUUCGAGGAUUAUGAUGAGGCUGAUGUACGUAAUGGUAAAGAUGGUAAAGGUGGAGAUGACUCGGCACCGGCGCAGCAGCAAUCCCCUACUCGCGAUUGA